UCAGGCCCAGGAGCGGACGGUUCCUACUGCGGCUGGGCACCGGCUUCGCUCCCGCGUCCGCCCGCGCUCCAGCUGCGCCUGGCCCGGCCCCGGCCUGGCGCGGCGCGGCCCCGGCCACCGAGCGAAGGCGCCGCUGCCGCCUGGGCCGCUCCCAGGGCCAUGAGGAGGCGGCGGCAGCCACUGCGGCCCGCGUCAAGGUGACCGGCCGGGACUGCAGCGGCGGCGAGAGCGAGCGGCUGUCUCAAGGUGUGCUUCUGACACACAUUGGAGGAGGAGUCACAGAUGAUAAGAAAACAAGGUUUCAACCUUCCUGGAUAAAAGGACUUCUCCAGACAGGUUAUGUCACCGACAGAGGCUGCCCUGAAGCUCCCUGUAGCCUGGAGACUAUGUAUAAGAGGAAUGGUCUGAUGGCUAGCGUGUUGGUCACCUCCGCCACUCCACAGGGCAGCAGCAGCUCAGACUCUCUUGAGGGCCAGAGCUGCGACUAUGCUGGCAAGAGCUACGAUGCGGUUGUCUUCGAUGUCUUGAAAGUGACUCCUGAGGAAUUUGCUAGUCAAAUCACAUUAAUGGACAUACCUGUGUUUAAAGCAAUCCAGCCAGAGGAACUUGCCAGCUGUGGAUGGAGUAAGAAGGAGAAGCAUAGUCUCGCCCCCAAUGUUGUGGCCUUUACCAGGAGGUUUAAUCAGGUCAGUUUUUGGGUUGUACGAGAAAUUCUAACAGCACAGACUUUAAAAAUAAGGGCAGAAAUCCUGAGCCAUUUUGUGAAAAUAGCCAAGAAACUUCUAGAACUCAACAACCUUCAUUCUCUUAUGUCUGUGGUGUCAGCAUUACAAAGUGCACCUAUCUUCAGGCUGACAAAAACCUGGGCUCUUUUGAAUAGAAAAGAUAAGACGACCUUUGAGAAACUGGACUACCUGAUGUCGAAAGAAGAUAAUUAUAAGCGGACUCGGGAAUAUAUACGAAGCUUGAAGAUGGUUCCCAGCAUUCCCUAUUUAGGAAUAUAUCUUCUGGAUUUGAUCUACAUUGAUUCUGCAUAUCCUGCCUCUGGCAGCAUCAUGGAAAAUGAACAAAGAUCCAAUCAGAUGAACAAUAUUCUCCGAAUAAUUGCUGAUUUACAAGUUUCCUGCAGUUAUGAUCACCUCACAACCCUGCCCCAUGUGCAGAAAUACCUAAAGUCUGUACGCUACAUUGAAGAGCUCCAGAAGUUUGUGGAAGAUGACAACUACAAACUGUCACUCAGAAUUGAACCAGGAAGCAGCUCUCCAAGACUCGUCUCCUCUAAGGAAGAUCUUGCAGGCCCCUCCACCGGUUCCAGUUCUGCGAGGUUCAGCCGGAGGCCUACCUGUCCAGAUGCAUCUGUCGCCGGCAGCCUCCCCACACCUCCAGUGCCAAGACACAGGAAGAGCCACAGCCUGGGCAACAAUAUGAUGUGUCAGUUGAGUGUAGUUGAGAGUAAAAGUGCGACAUUCCCAUCGGAGAAAGCGAGGCACCUGCUGGACGACAGCGUCCUAGAGUCCCGCAGCCCCCGCAGGGGCCUCGCGCUCACAUCCUCCUCCGCCAUCACCAAUGGACUCUCCCUAGGCAGUAGUGAGAGCUCAGAGUUUAGUGAAGAGAUGUCUUCAGGGCUGGAAAGCAGGGGACGGCUCUAUGCUACACUGGGACCCAACUGGCGGGUGCCUGUUCGCAAUUCUCCCAGAACCCGGAGCUGUGUCUACAGCCCCACUGGCCCAUGCAUCUGUACACUGGGGAGUUCAGCAGCAGUGCCCACCAUGGAGGGGCCUCUUCGAAGGAAAACCCUGCUCAAAGAAGGACGGAAGCCCACGCUGUCUUCAUGGACCAGAUACUGGGUCAUUCUCUCAGGAUCUACCCUCCUGUACUACGGAGCCAAGUCCUUGAGAGGCACAGAUAGAAAGCACUAUAAAUCCACACCUGGCAAAAAGGUCUCUGUUGUGGGCUGGAUGGUGCAGCUGCCUGACGACCCUGAGCACCCAGAUAUCUUCCAGUUGAACAACCCUGACAAAGGCAAUGUUUACAAGUUCCAGACUGGUUCCCGGUUUCAUGCAAUACUAUGGCACAAGCAUUUGGAUGAUGCAUGUAAAAGCAACAGGCCUCAGGAAUUGGCCGAAUCCUCCCAACAUCCCUGGGAGGUACCUGCAAACCUUAUGUCAUUUGAAUAAGUCUCUGCAGGACUUGGUGUGACUUCAGUGGCUUCUGAGAGCCCAGCCUAGGACUGGUGGUGAAGCUCAUGUCCUGGGCACAGGCUGUUAUGGGCCAGACUCCCAGGCGGACUCAAGGGGACAUGACCAGUGGCCUCACCACCCUGGGGCUCCGCUGGUGCCGCACCCACCUGCCAAUCCCCAGCGACUCUCAUGACAUUCAUUCUGCAGCACCACCUCAAGGGGCCGUGGUUUAACCUUGAACUAUAUACCCCGCCCUCCCUCUCUGGGCCCUCGUCCGUCCACCAGCUGCUGCUGUUGCUGCUGCUGCAACCAGAGAGCAUUCGGCCCAUGUUGGGUCCUUAGUGCUUUCUACUGCACAAAGGAGUGGACAGUGGUACCUGCAUGAGGGGCCAGAGAGAAGGAACAGGCUGUGGAACUGGCUUUUUACACCCCAAGUGCAUGGGGUUGCUCACCCACGGGGCUGCCUCAGAUUUUGUACAAUCCCCGAAGCGUCCUCUGCGUGUGCGUGCUGUUUAUGUAUGUGUGCGAGUGAGAGCGAGCUCUUUGAGAAACAUGCAUUUUGGCACAAGACUUGUGACAUCACACACUUCAUUGGCUCUGAGGUUCUGCUUUUACCUUCGGUGACAGCCUUGUCCAUUGUGGAAGGUCAGAGUGAGAGCCUGGAUUCCUCCUGUGUUAAGGGUCCCUUGCAUUCUUUUACUGUAAACAAACAAUGCCUUAAA